CUGAGAGAGAGGAGGAGAAGCAGCUCGGGGCGGAGGGCCGGAGUCGCUCGCACUCUGGCGCAGGGCGCAGCAGCAGGCACCUUGUUUUCGGGGGCGACUUGCCCACCUCGAAUUAAAGUUGCGGCUCUCACCGCCCGAGCCGGGAACAACUUUUUGUCCACUGUAGGUUUCGGGGCACCUGGUGACAAGUCAUCGCCCCUCCCUCGUCUGCGUUUGUGAUUAGCGUUGAUCUCUCGCCGGUCGGGUGUUCUGCAAGUUCUCGGGCCCGACUCAUCAUCAGCAGCUUCGGCGUUUUCGAGGAAGAGCAGCAGCAGCAGUAGUAGCAGCGGAGGAGAGCUCUCGUAAGGGCAGGGGAAUGUGGGGUUUAGAGUUCUACUGAGGAGGCCGUCGCGAGACGAAGGAGAAGGAGGAGGAGGAGGAGUCGACGGGAGAGCGGUUCUUGAUUGGUUGAUGGCUUGACAGGCGGGCCGCGAGGGCACACUUGGGAGGGCACACUUUGUCGAGUGUAUAACUUCGAGCAAAGGGGCAAGGAACAGGCAGUCAGGGCAGGGAGGAGUAGAAUAGACGCGUGGAGGGCACGCGAUAGCGCGACCAAAUGAUCAAAUAAAACCGUCUUUCGCGAUAUGGCAUCUGUAGUUACUACAUUUGCCUCUUUAGCGACUUUAUUUCCGACAUCGCAGAGGUGCGGGAACGAGAAAGUAUUGCUGAACUCGUCUUCGGUGCAACUGGGGGCGGCUCGGCAAUCAUCCACUUCCAAGACUUUCGUUAGUAAAUUUGUUUCGUCUCACAGGAGUUCGAAAAAAGUAUCGUGCUCGUCUUGUCGAGCGAGCUUGUAUCAUGUAGCGUCUUCUUUCUCUGAUAUAGAUUAUCCGAUUUCAUUGCGCAUGCCGGGUUCUUCUUGGAGUGAGCCUUCGACGACAUGCACUGGAGAAAGAUCGUACCCGGGCAGCAGAGAGUGGAUGCCCAGGGUUAACAGGAGAGAGAUGAAAGUCAGAGCGAGCCGAGGUGACAUGCUGGGCAACAAUAAUGUGCGAUUUUCUCCCACCUCAGGGACUUCGGCUGCGAGCUCCGAGGUUCUACGCAAGAAUCAUGUUCCUCUGUACGUGGUAAUUCCGUCGGACACUGUGACAAGCUCCAACAAAGUGAAUCGUGCAAGGGCUCUUCAAGCCAGCCUGAAGGCUCUGAAAAUCGUAGGAGUGGAUGGCGUCCUCUUGCACAUAUGGUGGGGAAAUGUGGAAGGAGAAGGACCUCAAAAGUAUGACUGGUCUGCGUAUCUCGCUGUUGUGAAGAUGGUAAAUGCUGCGGGCCUCAAACUUCAGGCAUCUUUGUGUUUUCACGGGUCAAGCAUCUCUGGAGACUCCUGUGAUAUUUCUCUUCCUUCGUGGGUUCUGAGGAUUGGAGAGGGCAACCCUGACAUUUUUCACAGUGAUCGGUCCGGACACCGAAGUAAGGAAUGCCUUUCCCUUGCUGUGGAUGAAUUGCCCUUGUUUGAAGGGCGUUCUCCUCUGCAAAUGUACUCCGAUUUGAUGGAGAGUUUCCGGCAAACUUUCUCCCUCUACCUUGGUGAUACUAUUGUGGAGGUGAUGGUAGGACUGGGUCCUGGUGGUGAGCUCAAAUAUCCUGCCUUUCCGGACGACUUGUGGCGAUUUCCAGGAAUUGGAGAAUUUCAGUGCUACGACAAAUACAUGCUUGAAGAUCUGAAGAAUCAGGCCUCUCUUAUGGGUAAGCCAGAAUGGGGCUUGGGUGGACCUGAAGGAGUGGGCUCUUAUCACUCAUGGCCCGGUGAGACGACUUUUUUUAAUGAAGAUAAUGGGACUUGGGACACUCCUUUCGGAAAAUUUUUUCUGUCUUGGUAUGCCGGGGCCCUUGUAUCGCACGGAGAUCGCAUGCUUGCCCUCGCAGGUUCCAUUUUCCAAAAGGACGACCUUCAUGUCGUUAUUGCGGGGAAACUCCCCGGAGUGCACUGGUGGCAAAAGACGAAGGCGCAUGCAGCGGAGUUGACAACCGGUUAUCACAACUCUGAGGGAAUGGAUGGUUAUGACCUAGCCGUCCAAAUGUUCGCCAAGAACGGGGCUUUGUUAACUGUAUCCUGCAUGGAAAUGGCCGAUGACGAACAGCUGGCUGAAGCAAAAUGCAGUCCAGAACAUCUCCUGUUGCAGAUAAGGUUUGCUUGCGCGAAAUAUGGCGUGCCAAUUUCUGGUGAGAAUUCUCUCAUUCGAUUCGAUGAAGUAGCUCAUGAGCGUAUCAAGAAAAACGUUCAUCGCGUGAGUUGCCCGGAGCUUCCUAGAAUGGCCGCCUUCACAUUUUUUAGAAUGGGAGAAUCGUUAUUCCAGUCCAGUCACUGGCGCCUUUUUGUGAAUUUUGUACAAACCCUAAAUAAAGACAUAGUAGAUGAUAGUGAGCGGGCCUCCUUAGACGAGGAAUGUAACAUGUCGGUACACCCGCUGAAAGCCUGUACCUAAGAGGCCAACGAAACGUAUAUUAUUAUUAGAAUGGCCAGGAAGAAGACCAUAUCAAACCAUUAGAAUGUCCGAUCAAUUCUUAGAUUUAUGAUUGGUUGACUGAACUGAGUGAUACAUGCCGAACUUAAUAGUUGUAACCUCAAAUGUUGUUGCUUUGUCGCCACAACAAGGGUAAAGGGCCAGAUUUUGCAGCCUUGUUGCAGGUUCUAAGGCUUUAAAUAUAUCCCUGUAGUUACUUCAAUUCCAGCCUGAGAUCUGAAAUGAACGUGGUGUUCCAUCGUCACCGAGUUGGGCCAGUGAGAGGACCCACGGUGAAGGUGAAGUCGCCCUCUGGUUUGAAUCUGGCCGAAUCCGAGUGCUUGACUACAUGAUAACUGAAAUUAUUGUACACAUAAGCUAAACACAUAUCUCAUUGUUUUACU